CGCAAUCUAUCUCAAUGUACAAUUCCCACAGAACGGGAAAAAAGCAAAAAAAUACCCCAAAGAUACAGGUUUUCUCGCGUUUAUUCAGAAACAAACACGGCCUGUCAAUGAGGAAAUUGCUGUCACAUUGGGAUUUGUGCUUUUAAAGGCGCCGUAUCUUCAUGUAUCUACAUGCACAUGUACAGUAUAUCUGCCAUCCGAAUUCAGGAGGAUUACAAAGCUGGGACUGACAGCAGGCUGUACCUACAAGAAACUGGAAAACAGCGAAGGAUUUUCAUAAAUCUGCUUGAAUUGGAAGACCGCGACGACUGUAAGACGAAUCGGUGCUCGUAAGUGGAAGGCUUACAGAUGUGAGGAGAAAAAGAAAUUACAGCGACAGAAAAAACGGAGAGAAGGGCCAAGCCCUGCAAGCAACCACCAUCGCCGAAGAGGAGGAAAAAAAUAAAAUAAUUUCUGGGAAUAUAACGGAACACAGGAGACUCGGUGGGGACGCAUUUUAAAGGAUUCGUAUUUUAAAAAGAAUCCGUGAAAAUGAUCCACACGCCGUCAUUUUAGUGGAAAUAUUUAUUUUUAUUUUUUCGGUAUCUCUCUCUCCCUCUCUCGCUCCUCUCUCUGGUGGAAGACGGUUUGGGAAGAAACAGAAAAUACGACGUUCAUUGAACUGUUUUUUAACAACAGUAAUAGCUUGCGUCAGGCUAUUUGCGUGACUGAUGGAUUCUCAGUGAGAAAUAUUUAUAAAUCGUUUUUGGAUCUCUGUUCUUCAGUAAAACGUCGUGGAAAUCCCGAAACGAUUUCUUCGUGCCUUUAAACAUAAGAUGCAGUUACACAUUUAACUUCUUUUAAAUGUAUUUACAUUUAAUCAAUAAUAAUAUCAAUAAUAGCCUAAUAAUAAUAAAUAAUAAUAAUAAUAAUAAUAAUAAUAAUAAUAGUAGGCCUAAUACAUAGAGGAAUUAACCGUCUGAGAGGGCGGCCCGGGUGUCGUCAUCAACACUACCCUUUCUCAGACUUGUAGCCUACUAAAUAAUUACUCACACACACAUUUUAAUAAUAUUUAAAUUUAGAUGACUAUUUAUACAUUGCAUUAGUUGUGUUUGUAACGAUAUAUAAAUGUCACUCAUCUUUGUCAAGGUGUUCAUUUCGUGGGCCAAUCUAGGGAUUUAGGAUUAUUUAUUUAUUUAUUUAUUGUAUUAACCCCCCACCCCCCUCCCCGAACCUUGUAUUGGGUUUUUGGGAAGAUGGGUUGUUUGGGCAACAGUAAGACUGAAGACCAGCGAAAUGAGGAGAAGGCACAGCGGGAAGCGAACAAAAAAAUUGAGAAACAGCUACAAAAAGACAAACAAAUAUACCGAGCAACGCACCGGCUACUACUGCUAGGAGCUGGGGAAUCGGGGAAAAGUACCAUUGUCAAACAGAUGCGCAUCUUGCAUGUCAAUGGCUUCAAUGCAGAAGAGAAAAAGCUGAAAAUUCAGGACAUUAAAAAUAACAUUAAAGAAGCUAUAGAGACCAUAGUGACAGCCAUGGGCACGCUGGUACCCCCGGUCCAGCUAGCCAAUCCCGAGAACCAGUUCCGAAUUGAGUACAUCCUCAACUUAGCCAAUCAGAAAGACUUUGAAUUUCCACUUGAGUUUUAUGAACACGCAAAGACACUGUGGCAGGAUGAAGGGGUGAAGGCCUGCUUUGAGAGAUCCAAUGAGUAUCAGCUGAUCGACUGCGCACAGUACUUUUUAGACAAGAUUGACAUCGUGAAGCAGAGUGACUACACUCCCACAGAUCAGGACCUUUUGAGAUGCAGAGUGCUGACAUCUGGGAUAUUUGAGACAAGAUUCCAGGUGGACAAAGUCAAUUUCCACAUGUUUGAUGUGGGCGGUCAGAGAGAUGAGCGCAGGAAGUGGAUCCAAUGUUUUAAUGAUGUGACAGCCAUUAUUUUUGUGGUGGCCAGCAGCAGUUACAACAUGGUGGUGCGGGAGGACAAUCAGACCAACCGCCUGCAGGAGGCUCUCAACCUCUUCAAGAACAUCUGGAACAACAGGUGGCUGCGCACCAUCUCUGUCAUCCUCUUCCUCAACAAACAGGACCUGCUUGCAGAGAAGGUUUUGGCAGGAAAGUCCAAAAUUGAGGAGUACUUCCCAGAGUUUGCACGUUACAUCACGCCUGAUGACGCGACACCAGAGCCAGGGGAGGAUCCGCGAGUCACCAGGGCGAAGUACUUCAUACGCGACGAGUUCCUGAGGAUCAGCACAGCCAGUGGGGACGGCAGGCACUACUGUUACCCCCACUUCACGUGCGCUGUGGACACAGAGAACAUCCGGCGCGUCUUCAACGACUGCCGGGACAUCAUCCAGCGGAUGCACCUGCGGCAGUACGAGCUGUUGUGAUGGAGCGGGCAGAAAGGACAGACUCCAGCCUCCGAACCCCUACACCUCUUAACCCUGCACCCCCACCCCCCCCGCGCUUCUAUGAUGGAGCGGGCAGAAAGGACAGACUCCAGCCUCCGAACCCC